CAACAGUUAGUUGCAGCUCCUUCCGGAUGGAGAAUGGAUUUUUCCGUCUCCCCAGAGGAGAAGGCCAGGCUUUAUCUGAAAAAGCAUCAUAUCAUGGAGCUCCUGAACUUCUUCACUAUUCAACUCCUCGUUAAUCAACCUGAAAAACCAAGAGAUUUUUUGCUAAAUUUGUUAGCACGAAUAAAGAUUGCGAAAAUAACCUCCGUAGACUUUCCUUAUCUCAUGGAGGACUCUAACUUGAAUUCCAUGUUUGAAAUAAUGGACCCUACAAAUCAAGGCCAUAUCACUAACGCUCAGUUCAGAGAAGCACUAAGUACCCUUGGUCUGCUCGCUCCAGAUGAAGAACUACCUUCGCAGGAAAUUAUUACUAGGGAAAAAUUCAAGCUUGAAGUGAAUAGGAGGACCCACAAGAUAUGGGCAGAAUUCUAAUACCCUGGAUCCGGAACAAUAUAAGUGGUUCCUACAGUUUAUGU